AUGGUAGUAGCUGUUGGCAUAUCGGCCUAUAUGCUGUUCGACCCCGCUCCAUGGCUUGUCAGCCUGAUGGAGCUAACAGACAUGUCAUCAAGCUUCCGUAUCUUCAUUCUGGUGCUCGCGACUGGAGGAUUUGCCUGUUCGUAUCUUGCCGAAAGAGUUGUUUUCCCUCCUCUUGCCAAGUGGAUCGGCAAGGCCAACGCCAGACUGCGACCUAGUCACCAAAAGAAGAGAAAGGAAUACAAGCUCAUUGCAGAGAGCAUGCGCAUUUGA